AUGACGAUAGGAGCCGUCUGGGACACCAGAUUUUGGGCAUCAACAACGUACAACGGUGUUUUUCAAGGUGAUUUAACAAACGAGGAGUUUGAGCAUAUCUUCCAAUUUGUUGUCAACAACGAAGACCGCAUUAAUACUACAGUCAAUUUUGUAAUAGGAAUUGGGUUUGACAUGACACAGAGAGAUGAGUUUGAGUUUGCGUUGCCAGGAGUAAAUUAUUACAAUGUCCUCUACAGAUUACGAAGUCUUUCCGACUUAGAAAUCGAUACACUCUUCAGGGUGAUUAAUCUUCCCAGACACAUUGAACGCGUCCAGAAUGAAAUACCAAUGUUUAGCAUGUACUCUCUAGACGUGAAAACAUCACUUGUAGAUGCCGCUGUGGGUAAAACUCUUACUGAUGAUGUGAAACAUCUGAUUAAUGAUCCGAAUAGUUCAUGGACUAAGGUUGCGGUAGUUUAUUUAGACAACGAAAAUGUCUGGAAUUCUGAACAUUUAGGUACCGUCGCAACAGAGAAGAGAAUGAGGACAAACUGCAAGGUAUUCUUCUCAUAUGGUCAGUCAUAUAAUCCGUCUAUUUCCGAGUACAACCCUUGCUCUAAAGAAUACGAAAUAUUCUACCCAUAUGGACCGGAGAUUGGUGAUGAAACAAAUCCAAUUAAUGAUGAUGGAAGCUCUGGUGAACAGUUUAUAUCGAUCCCGUUCCCGUUUUUUGAAACGUUCCAUGAUUCUUUAUGGAUAAACACCAAUGGUAUCAUUUCCUUUAUAAUGGGAAUAGAAGAGUAUACCCCGCACCCAUUUCCUUUGGGCGAUACCUGGCGUGUUGUCGCACCGUUUUGGGCAGAUGUUGACACACGAAAUGGAGGAAAUGUGUUCUGGCGACAAACGACAGAUGAAAGACUACUUGCAAGAGCUACUCGCGAUGUAAUCACAAAUACAAUAGACCAACCCCACUUCAAAUCAAUAUGGAUGUUAGUAGCAACAUGGGACGAUGUUAGUUUCUACGGAGGAUAUGAAAGCCAAUCCAGAAACACUUUUCAAGCAGUGCUGAUAACAAAUGGACGACAUUCGUUUACUUUAUUUAAUUAUGGGAAUAUAACAUGGACCACAGGGACAGCUAGUGACGGUGAUACCAAUGGUCUUGGUGGAACACCUGCAAAGGUUGGCUUUAACGCAGGAGACAAUUCAACAUACUUUACAGUACCUACAUCAUUUACUCAUGAAAUAGUGAAUAUUGAGACUACUACCAAUGUGGGUGUGACUGGGCGAUACGUAUUCCGGGUUGACGAAAGAAAUGUUAGAGGAGUUGGAUGCAAUACGGAAGGGUCAUUGACGAUAUAUCCCACAACUGGUUCCAUGCUGGGCGGUGACCACGUGAUCGUCUCAGGAGUGUGUUUUAAUGACUCAUUUGUUUCAUCUAAAAUCCUAUGUAAAUUUGGUAGUAGCUAUACAGAAGGAACCAAAGAGAGUCAGACACAGGUUUCGUGCAUUACACCUAUAUUUUAUGAGAUUGGACGGAUAAAUUUUCAGGUUUCUAUAGACGAUGGUACUACAUACCCAUACACUGGGAUUUUUAAUAUAGUAAACAUCGAAAGGAAAGUAUCUCUUGUUACAAGAACAAACAUGGCCGCGUGGCUUGACCAUUCAGUGAAUAUGGUUGAACUACAAUGGGAUAGUUCAUUGUUGCCGUCGUCAAGGUAUGUGGAUAUCAAAUUAUACGGAUACAUGGAAGAUCAUCAUUCUGGUGAAUUUGGUUGGAUUGACACUGGAGCAGUUUUAAGUGGAUAUGAUAAUGGAGGACAACUUGCCUUUGAAAAAAGCGAAUUUAAUCCAAGCCCACUAUAUAGUAUUGGCGCUUUACGUAUAUCAGGGCAUGACGAGGAAAACACCGACGCUACAAACUUUCAUGCAUUGUGGAGUGACGUCCAUGAGCUAGCAUGGGUACACGGCAUUGAUGCAGGGGACUGGUGCUACAACUGGCAUAAAAGCGACGAAAAUGUUUCGCCAUCGCUCAAAGAUACUGUGCCUUGUCCAUGUACUCUACAGCAAGCUUUUGCUGAUAUUGGACGCUAUUCACCACAUCCUCGCUGUUCGACGAGAUCUGUGACAGAUGACAACUGUGUUGAUAUGCCAGGUGCAGUUCACUGCAUACGAGCUAAUGUACCAAGUGAUGAUGGAAGUGGGCGCGCAUGUUGCUAUGAAGCGGAUGGCACUAUUUUAAAUUCCGGAGAUGCGUUCGGCUCAGGAGCCUAUCAUCUCAGACAUCACGAGGGCGUAGCACCUUAUAUUGAAGUCGGAAAGGUACCUUAUCUCUCGCAUUUUCUGGAAGAUCUGUUACCUUGGAGGUAUUGUUGUCUUCAUACAGACUUUGAUGACGUUAAGUGUGGGAAAUUCUUUGCAAGAAGACCCUCACACGACUGUUCCGGAUAUGAAGCACCACGUCCAGCUACAUGGUUUGGAGAUCCUCACUUGAAAACUUUAGAUGGAUUGUCUUACACCUUUAAUGGCUAUGGAGAAUUCACCUUGAUAGAUAUAAACAAUAGGGGUUUCACACUUCAAGGUCGUAUGGCUCCCUUAGCAGAUAAUUCGGAUGCAACUGUAUUCACUGCCAUGGCAAUGCAAACCAAUAUGUCUGACACUGUUCAUAUAGCAAGGGAAAGAAGAUUUCUUGAUGCUUAUGUCAGGAUCAAAGGUCACCAAACAUGGGAAAUCGUGAACUUCGAAGAUAACCACUGGUGGGACUUCAAUGGAAAAGCAUUGUCCGCCGUAAUUCUUGCACCGUCUACAUUUAAAAAUCGGACAGUUGGAUUGCUAGGUACUUGGAAUGACAACACAGGGGACGAUCUUCUCGCAUCUAAUGGGGUAUAUGUAUCAGUUAAUUCAUCACUCCAGCAAAUUCACCAUGACUUCGGCUUGACAUGGAGAAUAUCUGCAGAAGAAUCGUUGUUUCGAUACAAAAUUAGUGAAACACAUUCUUCCUUAACAGACAUCACUUACCAACCUAUGUUUGGCAUUAUCGAAUCUGACAUCACCGAUGACGUCAUUGCUAUAUGUGGCGAUAAUAGGGAAUGUAUCUUCGAUUUGCAAAUAACCAACGACACAGAGACUGCACUAGGAUCGCUCGAAGCAUCACAUAUAUAUGAGGCUGUGAUCAAUGGAACCAUGCAAGUCACAACAUGUGGAUAUCUCGAGACGCCAACGUAUGGCAUUAAAACCGGGUCAUCCUACAUAACAGGUUCAGUAAUAACGUUUCAUUGCCUGCCUGGUUUUACUCUGAGUGGUUCUGCAACAAGUCAGUGCCUUGACGAUGGCACUUGGGAUAAUUACACGACCGCAUGUAAUAUCGUCGAGUGUGGGGAGGUUAUGGCACCAUCUCACGGUAACGUUAAUGGCGAUAUGUUUACCUAUGGGGAAAUCGUGACUUUUUCGUGUGAUGUAGGAUACAUAAUAAAUGGAGUGACUGAAAUCGAAUGCUUGGCAAGUGGCCAGUGGAAUGAUUCAACGCCUUCAUGUGAAAUCAUAGAUUGCGGCGUAGUCAAUGCACCAACACAUGGACACGUAAGUGAUGAGUUAUUUACAUACGGAGAAAUCCUAAGGUUUUCGUGUGAGAAAGGGUUCACACUGAAUGGAACAGCUGAGAUCGAAUGUUUUGCAAGUGGUCAGUGGAGUGAUAUAUCACCUGUAUGUGAAAUUGUAGAGUGUGGCGGCGUUAUAGCUCCGUUCCAGGGUAACGUACGUGGCAAGGUAUUUACUUAUGGAGAAGUCCUAAGGUUUUCGUGUGACGAAGGAUACACACUGAAUGGAGCAGUUGAGAUAAAAUGUUUGGCAAGUGGAGAAUGGAGUGAUGUAUCACCGGAAUGUGAAGUCACAGAUUGCGGCGUAGUCAUUGCACCAUCACAUGGAAACGUGAAUGGUGAGCUGUUUACAUAUGGGGAAAUCUUGCAGUUUUCGUGUGAUGAAGGAUACACAAUGAAUGGAGUAGCUGAGAUUAAAUGCCUGGCCAGUGGUCUGUGGAGCGAUGUGUCACCUUCAUGUGAAAAAACAAUGAAUCAAGAGAACAAAUCAUUGGUGAUGAUUGUAGCUGUGUCCUCGGCUGUUAUUGUGGUAGUGGUCAUAGUAUUGUGCGUGGUUUGGAUUUGCAUUACAUGCUCAAUUAAACCAAGAAACCACAGACAUGGCUCUGAGAAACCACCAAAUCAGAAAAGAACACCAAAUCGUACGUAUAUCAACGAGGACGUUGCACAUAGCCCAUAUGUUGUGGACCACGUAAUGUUUGGCAAGUACAUUAAGGAAGCGGAAACUCAUAAAAUGUCUCCUCCGGACACCUUGCUAGUUAAGACUGAGAAUGAUGAGAAUAUGUAUGGAAUGGACAAUCAUGGUAGAACUACAUAUAACCCAGUGUACGCUGAAGGGGGCUAUGACUG